GCCCCGCCCCUCUCCGCGCCGCGCCGCGCGCGCCGUGCGCACAUCCGGCGCGCGGGGCGGGGGCCGGAAGCGGCGGGCGCGGCGGGGCUGGGCGGCGCCGGGAGCGGCGGAGCGGGAGCGGAGCGGGGUUGUGGACAGCAGCAGACAUGGAGAGGCUGGUGGAGCGCCUGGAGAAGGCCGUGGAGCGCCUGGAGACCGUGUGCCAAGGCUCUGCCAUGUGUGGGGAUGCCCCUGCCAAAGGAGUGGCUCAGUACGUGCAGGCUUUCGAUGCCCUUCUGGCCGGGCCAGUGGCUGAGUACGGCAGGAUCAGCCGGGAGAUCGGCGGGGAUGUGCAGAAACACGCUGAGAUGGUCCACGCAGGCUUGAUGGGCGAGAGGGCUCUUCUGGUGGUGGCAUCUCAGCACCAGCAGCCGGCAGAGAACGCGUUCUCAGAGCUCCUCAAGCCCAUCUCGGAGCAGAUCCAGGCCGUGCAGAAUUUCAGGGAGAGGAACCGUGGCAGCAAAUUGUUCAACCACUUAUCAGCAGUGAGCGAGAGCAUCCCAGCCCUGGGCUGGGUGGCCAUGGCUCCAAAGCCUGGUCCUUACGUGAAGGAAAUGACUGAUGCUGCCAUGUUCUACACCAACAGGAUCCUCAAGGAGUACAAGGAUGUGGAUAAAAAACACGUGGACUGGGUGAAAGCUUACCUGAGCAUCUGGACGGAUCUGCAGGCCUACAUCAAAGAGUUCCACACCACGGGGCUGACCUGGAGCAAGACAGGUCCUGCAGCCACAGCAGGGGCUAAAGCACCUCCUGCCCCCCCGGCUGGGGUUGCUCCCCCUCCUCCAGGGCCUCCCCCUCCUCCUGCCCCCGUGAGCUCCAGCACAGACGACUCCGCCUCGCGCUCGGCGCUCUUCGCCCAGAUCAACCGGGGAGAGGGGAUCACCUCGGGCUUGAGGCACGUCUCAGAUGAGAUGAAAACCCACAAGAAUCCGGCCCUGAAGAACCAAGGGGGCCCCGUGAGGAGCGGCCCCAAACCUUUCACUGCUCCCAAACCAGCCUGUAAUGCUAAUCCCUCCCAAGGCACCUCCCCGAAGGCACCUCCACUGCUGGAACUGGAAGGCAAAAAGUGGAGAGUGGAAAACCAGGAGAAUGCCACUAACCUGGUCAUCAGUGAGACAGAGUUGAAGCAGGUAGCUUAUGUUUUCAAGUGCACAAACAGCACACUCCAAAUCAAAGGCAAGAUCAACUCCAUCACCCUCGAUAACUGCAAGAAGCUGGGUCUGGUGUUUGAUGACGUGGUGGGCAUUGUAGAGAUCAUCAACAGCAGGGAUGUUAAAGUGCAGGUGAUGGGUAAAGUGCCAACGAUUUCCAUCAACAAGACAGAUGGGUGCCACGUGUACCUGAGCCAGAGCUCCCUCGACUGCGAGAUCGUCAGUGCCAAGUCCUCGGAGAUGAACGUGCUCAUCCCCACCGAGGGCGGGGACUUUACUGAAUUCCCCGUCCCAGAACAGUUCAAGACAGUGUGGAACGGUCAGAAGUUGGUUACCACUGUGACAGAGAUCGCUGGCUAAGCCGAGAAGCUCCAAGGCUCACGCCCUCCCCUGGCCCUGCUGUGGGACAAAUCUGCUUUCAAAGAUGAUUCUUUUAGAUUCCUUGUACCUUUCUGCUCUCAAACUGCUUCUCUUCUACCCGAGAGACACAGCUGCCUGCCAUCACUGAGAUUCCUCUGCCUGGGGCUUGGGGUAGGUGGCGGGUCAGCGUUGCCCCCCUCUCUCAGCAGGAAGGUGAAUUUUUCUCUCCCUUUGUCCUGUCUCACCACCCUGAUCAAUCAGAGUCUCGGUGAACUCCACAGCCAGGCCUGGCCGUUGGCUUUUCAGAGUGUUGUUUUUGUAUUGCCUUUAAGUAAAACUGUUCACGUGAGAGGAGUGUUGUCCCCUUUUUAACGAGUGUCUGUCGGAGCCCACAGUGCCCAGCUGCCAGGGCAGAGGUCUUGGGAAGGUCCUGGAAGCUGCACACCCCAGCUCUCCGGAACAGUUGGUGGCAUCCCAGGACACGGGAACGGUUUUGUCGGACCAAAGGCUGAGGACCUGGGCCAAUCCCACCCCGAUCUCCACCAUUCCCAGUAGCUCAGUGCAUUCCUGAUUGUGCCAUGACAGGAGGCUUCCAUCCCCCAGUGCCACAGCGAGGCUGCAGCGCUGUCACCGCGCUGUCACCGCGGCCACCCCGCAGCCUGGCCUGGAGCUCAGCACCCCUCACUCCAUCAUCUCCACCCUCACGGGGGAACCUUCCCCAGGGCUCCCUCCUUGGAGCAGCUGAACUCAGGUUCAGCCCUGCAGGGUGAACCUGUGCCCUUCCAUUCCAGGUCAGAUGUGCAGAGCUGUAAAUACCCUGUCAAAUCCACUCUGUUCAUCUCCCCAUCUGCAAUCAGCCCCCCAUGAAUCCUCUCCCUGGUUUUUCCCCUCUCUUUUUGCUUGGCUCUUUAUUUUGGUGGGAGCUCGUGGCCUCUGUCCCAGGGCGCUGGGGCAGAGUGGAUCUCACAGUACUGUACUGACCCACAAAGGGAGCUGCACGUGCUUUGACCUUCGUUUUUCCAACGCCUCGGGUGGCAUAAGCAUAUCUUAAAAACGCAUUUCUUCUGUAAAGUGUCAAUGUUCUUUUUCUCUAGUACAAAACUUACAAAAAGAAAAAAAAAUUAUGCAAAUUUUUUUUUUUUUAUUUUGAAACUGUCCUGUGACUUGUACUUGUCUUCUCCUGAGGCUUGUGGAAAAAAAACCUUUCUUAUGUACUUAAGAUUAUACGGAAGAUAGAAUAAAGUUAAUGCCAACUUGCUCA